AAUUAAUGCAGCGACAAAAAAAAGAUUAAAAAUACGUAAAAUAUUUGUUUCAACAUAAAUGUUUGAGAAAGUUUUCAAAUAUAUGACGUAUGUAUCGUUAUUGAAAAUGAGAUCGGAAGUUCGUAUUUUGAGAGAUGACAUUCUACACAUAAUUUUUCAUGAACAUUUGUAUUGAACGAUGUCGUCACCUCGUCCAAAAUCUCCGCGACUCCCUAUAUCGGCCAGGAAAGAUGAAAAAGAGGAAAGUUUUUGGGACAAGAUUGGCACAUUAGGUCGGAAAAAACGUAUCAAAGAAGUGCAAGAGGUACAAGAAGAGGGUAAGUAUGCAAUUGAUUCACCAGGAUUUGCUGCCAAUCCAGAGAUGCCACCAGAAGAAUAUGCUUUAGAUGAAAAUGAAGAACGUUCAAUGAUAGAACCUAGAUCUUUGGAAGAUUCUAAGUUGAAGGAAUUAAUAUUUGUUUUGAUCGAAUGGAUUAAUGAUGAAUUAGCUGAUCAACGAAUUAUUGUAAAAGAUAUUGCUGAAGAUCUGUAUGAUGGGCAGGUAUUACAGAAAUUGUUAGAAAAGUUGACUGGAGAAAAAUUGGAUGUACCUGAAGUAACACAAUCUGAGGAAGGCCAAAAACAGAAAUUAGCAGUUGUUUUAUCAACCACUAAUCGAGUAUUAGGACGUUAUCCUCCUUAUAAGUGGAAUGUAGAAUCUGUUCAUUCGAAAAAUAUUGUUGCUAUUUUACAUUUGUUGGUUGGUUUGGCAAGGCAGUUUCGAGCACCUGUUAGAUUGCCCGAAAGGGUAGCCGCUCAGGUAGUAGUUGUACGUAAAAAAGAUGGCCAACUGAUACACAGAACCGUUAGGGAAGAAAUUACAUCUACAUACGAUGAUUUGGGAAUGCGCUGUGAACGAGAUGCCUUUGAUAGUCUUUUUGACCAUCCUGCUGAUAAAUUGGCUGUGGUUAAAAAAUCAUUGAUUUCUUUUGUCAACAAACACUUAAGUAAAGUCCAUUUGGAGGUGACAGAUUUGGAUACUCAAUUUCAUGAUGGUGUUUUUUUAACACUUUUACUUGGACUUCUUGAAGGCUUUUUUGUACCUUUAGGUAGUUUUCAUUUAACACCUAAAACACAUGAUCAGAAAGUACAUAAUGUUUCAUUUGCAUUUGACAUUAUGCAAGAUAUUGGUCUACCAAAACCCAAAGCACGUCCAGAAGAUAUUGUGAAUUUAGACUUAAAAUCAACUCUACGAGUGUUGUACAAUUUGUUCAUGAAGUAUAAAGGUAUGAAUUAAAACAAUAAAUAACUCAGAAACAAGCAGUUAUAAUAUUAUGUAAAAGAUUAAUGACAGUUAAUUAAUGUUAUUGAUUAACAUUACUAAUGAAAAAGAGUAGUUUUUGUAAUCAAUAUGCGAUCAAUGAUUUUCUGUAUGUGACGUUAAUAAAAUGUUGAGUCAAGAAGGAAAUUGGAAGUGGAAAAAGAAGUGGAAAAGAUUAUUGCUAUGCAUUUAAAAUCUAAUACUAAAUCAAGAU